CCAAAAAAAGUCAAAAUAUAAUAAAUAAUUUUUGAAUAUAUAUAUGAUUUUUACAUAAACACACGCCUAAUAAGGUUUGAAGUAAGAGACUCGACAAUAGCCUAACACAUUUAUCAAGAACCAAAAUAAAUAAAUUUUGUAACGACUAAGCAGACAGAGAAAGCUGAAACUGCCAUUUGCUUUCGGACGCACAACACUAUAAACUCAUGUUCUUGUUUUUUUUUAAACAUAACGCAAGGUACAUAUGGAGGGGGAGUCUAGGUUAAGAGUUCUUCUCGAUAACAUCUCCUCGUAUCUCAGUAUAUUAUCAUCAACGGACAAGUUAUCUUCAAAUCCAGGUCAUAAGUAUUACACCAGAGGAGAAGAGAUUGCAAAGCUUCUUAUGCCUUUUCUUGACAACCUUGUUGUCUCUAAUGCGUCUCCUAACGAAUUGCUUAGCAAAGGCUUUGAAGAGUUAUCUCAAUACCUUGAUGAGCUAAGAGAGAAUUUUGAGAGCUGGAAACCUCUUUCUAGUAGAAUCUUCUAUGUUCUUAGAAUUGAAUCAUUAGCAUCAAAGUUGAGGGAAUCAAGUUUGGAAGUCUUUCAGCUUCUCAAGCUCUUACCUGUUGAUUUGGUCUCACCAUCUUGUGAGGACUGCAUAGAACUGGUAAAGCUAAUGGGAAGAGAGGAAGUUUCUUAUACUAUUGAUCUAGCUCUGAUAGAUCAAAGAAAAGGUCUUGAACUUACUACAGAGGUUCUGGUGAAAAUUGCUGAGAGUGUUGGUUUGAGAUCCAACCAGGAUAUUCUGAUUGAAGGUGUACUACUUGCAAACUUGAAGGAAAAUGCCGAGUUUGCCGAGAACAACAAGGAAGCUGAGUUUAUAGAUGGACUGAUCUCUCUGAUAACGCAAAUGCAUGAUUACCUUGGCAACAUAAAGCAGUCUGACUCUCAGUUACCUUCUGACUUUUACUGCCCUCUAUCACUUGAGCUUAUGACUGAUCCUGUCAUUGUGGGAUCUGGUCAAACAUACGAACGGGCAUUUAUCGAACAAUGGUUUGACAUGGGGCUCAUGGUUUGCCCAAAGACAAGACAGGCUUUAUCUGGGACCAGUUUGGCACCUAACUUCACUGUCAAGGCAUUCAUUGCCAACUGGUGUGAAUCAAACAAUGUCAAUCCUCCUGAUCCAAUGGAGUUGAUUCACUCAACUCAGCCUUUCCCUCUUCUUGUUGGAUCAGGUUCCAGUGGUUAUCUGCCUCUUCCUGUAAUGGAUGAUACACUUAAGUGCAACCAUAUAGAAUCAGUAGCUGCUACCAAAUGGGAGGAGCUGCGUCAGGUCUUAACUAGGUCUGCUUCUGCACCAGGCAUUGUCUCUGAAAUGGCUUCCAAAGACAAAAGAAGCACUAAUGUUGUUGCUGCUGCUGCUACAUCAUUGAGGCGUAUACGUGACCCCUGGAUCAUCAUCCCAGUGACCAUAAAAGAAACUGAAAGCAGUUCAAGCAUGGAAGCAGAGGUGAAGAAACUGAUUAAGGAACUGGAGAGUUCUUCUCUAGAUGCACAAAGAGAGGCCACAUCUCAGAUCAGGAUACUAACAAGAAACAGUAUAGACCAUCGCCCUGUGUUUGUCAGGUGUGGAGCAAUCAAUUCGUUAGUCAAUAAGCUUUACUCCAAGGACGAGAGGAUCCAAGAGGACGCUGCAACUUGCUUGCUGAACUUUACCCUCAACGUCAACUAUGUCAUCACGAGUAGUGAAGCUACCGAGCCGUUCAUUCACGUUCUCAAAACAGGAAACAUAGAAGCCAAAGCGAACGUUGCAACAACUCUAGUAAGCUUGUCUAGGACCCAAGAGAACAAGAGAAAGAUAGUAGAAGCCGGAGCUAUCGAGCCACUAGUUGAGCUAAUGGGACAUGGAAGUCAAGCAGCAAAGAAAGACGCAGCCACUGCUCUAUUCAACCUCUUGCAACGCAACAGGGAGAAAGAGAAAGUAAUCAAAGCUGGAGGAAUUAGGUACUUAGUUAAGAUGAUGGAUCCGGCAGGUGGACUGGUGGAGAGAGCUGUGGUUGUUUUGGCUAAUCUUGCAAACGUGCCACAAGCAAAGAUGGAGAUUAGAGAUGAAGGAGGGAUACCACUAUUGGUGGAGCUUGUGGAGUUAGGUUCACCAAGAGGGAAAGAGAAUGCAGCAGCAGCACUUUGCCUUCUUUGUAUGGAUAGCUCAAGAUUCUGUAACACUGUCAUAAGAGAAGGAGCUAUUCCACCUCUUGUGGCUCUUACUAGAUCAGGAACAGCUAGAGCCAAAGAGAAGGCAAAGAGUCUUCUUAAGUAUUUUGAAGCCGUUAAACAAGAGAACCAAGAGAACCAGAGGCGAAGCUGAUCUUAGUUUACUGCAAAGGUUGUACUACUAAACCUAUACAUAUAUGAGACAUCUGCAUGUAUAUGAUGCUAAUAUUAUACAGUAAUUUAUAUGGAAAACAUGUAUGCUAUGUGA